CGUUUACUCUUCUCACUUGCCACCGGUUGCAUCGUCUGGGGGUCGUGUUUAGUGGUUUGCAAAAUUGUGCCUUCCGCUGGUUAUGGUUUUAUCCGCCCGUUUCGAUUCCCCGUUUUUCCCACCUAAUUUGCAAUGCUAGUUUUGGAGUGAUUUUGUGUGUUUCUUUUUUUGUGUUAGUGAAAAAGAAAAACGAGAAACUCACCACACGCGCGUGGUGAACGGUGACGCGCCCGAAAUGUAUGCAAUCGUGCGGAAAAUGAAGCGCAGGCGAGUUUGGAUGUGUUUAAUGGUGCUGCUGGUGCUGCCAAGCGCAUUGAUCCGCAACUCGGUGCUGGCCGUUUGUCCGCUGGUUGCAUCGUGCGAUGAGGGUACGGCACCGUACCGCACGAUGGACGGUUCGUGCAACAGUCUGUACAGUCCGCUGUACGGGACACCGUACCGGCCGUACCGGCGACUACUGCCGGCCUGGUACGCGGACGGUGUGUCGGAACCGGCCCGUAUGGCCUCGGGCCGACCAUUGCCCAACGCUCGGCAGCUUUCAAUGGCACUGUUCGGCGAGGCGGAAGGUCGGGACGGGCGCAACACCAUCAUUAACAUGCAGUUCGGGCAGCUGGUGGCGCAUGACAUGAGUUUUACCGCGGAUGUGUUCGGAGUAAAGUGUUGCCCUGGCGGUAAACGAAUUCCACCGGACCUGCUACCGCCCCGCUGCAUGCCGCUUGAAGUACCACCGGACGACCCAGUACUACCCCCCGAGGACAUCCAAUGCAUGAGUAUGUUACGCACCAAAACCACCCUCGAGCAUCCGUGCGUGACAAACUACGGCACCGCCGAGCAGCUUUCCUCCGUAACGGCCUUUCUGGACCUUUCCAUCGUGUACGGUAACAGCCACGACCAGACGGCUAGCCUGCGGGAACAUCGUGCGGGGCGAAUGUUGGUCGAGCAUCGGCACGGUCAAGACUGGCCACCGCCCAACCCGAACGCCAGCCACCUCUGCCAGAUGCGGCACGAGACGGACGUGUGCUAUCUGACCGGCGACUUGCGCUCCAACCAGAGCCCCCAUCUGGCCAUCCUGCAGAUAGCGCACCUGCUCGAGCACAACCGGUUGGCAGGCGAGCUGGCUCGGCUCAAUCCCUGCUGGGACGAGGAGCGCCUGUUUCAGGAGGCACGCCGUAUCAACAUCGCCAAAUACCAGUCGAUCGUGUUCAACGAUUGGCUGCCGAUGUACCUGGGCCGUGCGAACAUGCUGCAGCACGGCCUGCUGCAGGACGGUACUGAUGCGGACGGGUUCGUCCGGGACUACAACCCCCUGGAGGAUGCGACCGUAAGCAAUGCGUUCGGUACCGCUGCCUUUCGGUACUUUCACAACAUGAUUGUGGGCCAGCUUGGGCUGUACCAAGAAUCCGGGACGGAGCAAUCCCUCCUGUCCGAUUCCGUUCGCCUUUCGGACUGGCUGCGGCGUCCGGGCGUCCUGGAGCAGAGCAACAAUCGGGAGCUGCUGACGCGGGGCAUGACCAGCCAGCCGCACGACGCUGCCAACGACCAGCUGACGCCCGAGGCCAAACACUUUCUCUUCCGGAACGCGAACCCUUACGGUGCCGAUCUGAAGGCGAUCGAUAUACACCGGGCCCGGGACCAUGGACUUGCCCGCUAUAACGACUUCCGGGAGCUGUGUGGACUGGGGCGCGCUACCCGAUGGGAGGAUCUGUAUGGUGAAAUUCCACGCGCUACAGUCGACCGGUUGGCCCGCUGGUACGACACGGUGGACGAUGUGGAGCUGGCGGUGGCCGGAGCGCUGGAGAAUCAUCGGGAGGCUGGUGCAACCGUUGGACCAACGUUCCUGUGCAUCCUGCUCGAGCAGUUCCGGCGUACGCGGACGGGCGAUAGGUUCUUCUUUGAAAAUGGUGUUGGCGCUGGGUUUGACGCUAGCCAGCUGGGUGAGCUGCGGAAAGCGACAAUCGCACGGUUGCUGUGCGACAACACGGAAGGGCUCAGGAGGAUGCAACCGAACGCGUUCCUGCUGCCGGAGGCGGAUGGAGGCAACGCGCCGGCAGCUUGCGACGAGCUGCCGGAGGUAUUGCUGGAACCGUGGCGUGGACGAUAGGGUGCCUGGAUGCCUGGGAGUCGCAUGGAACAUCAGUGAGAGUGGAGUUGAAAUUGGAUUAUUUGUCAAAAAUGUUUGCUCUUCUGCACGCGGGAAUGGUGAAACUCGGAAUGAGUAUUUACGUUAGCGAACGGUUUUGAAAUAGAGACACGGUGCAGGCUGUACCGUUCGAACUGUUAUUGGAAUUCUGUGUAAAUAUGAGUAAUUCAAUAGACCGUUCGAAUGAGUUUCCGGACAAAUGUAAAUGGUGCAACGGUUUUGGCCAGCUUGACCGCGGGUGUGCGGGAAUUUAGCAAUGAAAAUGGUUGUUUUAUACUUAUUUUGGGUCGCAUUUUGGUUCGCCCCAGCAUUCGGAGAAAUUCUUUACACAUUCAUUAUACGCUCAUUUGCAUGCCAUUGUAUUUCUGUAUGUAUUUAUCCUGCUUACCUUGUAUUCAUAUUUUGUAUAAUAUGGGGACUCAUUAUAUUGAAGGUAUAUCGGUUGAUUUAGUAUUUGAUUAACUUUGCCAAUUUUUAU